AGAGAGGGGCCGGGCCCCUACGACCCGGGGCGGAGCUCUGCGAUCCAAGUGCUGGUCUCCCCAAGCGAGGUGGGCGGGCGGCUCGGGACCCUGGCCAGGGCCGGCAUGGAGCGGUGGCGUGACCGGCUGGCACUGGUGACGGGAGCUUCGGGGGGCGUCGGCGCGGCCGUGGCCCGAGCCCUGGUCCAGCAGGGACUGAAGGUGGUGGGUUGUGCCCGCACCGUGGGCAACAUCGAGGAGCUGGCUGCCGAAUGUAAGAGUGCAGGCUACCCCGGGACUUUGAUGCCCUACAGAUGUGACCUGUCAAAUGAGGAGGACAUCCUCUCCAUGUUCUCGGCGGUCCGCUCUCAGCACAGCGGUGUGGACAUCUGUAUCAACAACGCCGGCUUGGCCCGGCCUGACACCCUGCUCUCAGGCAGCACCAGCGGUUGGAAGGACAUGUUCAAUGUGAACGUGCUGGCCCUCAGCAUCUGCACACGGGAGGCCUACCAGUCCGUGAGGGAGCGGAAGGUGGAUGACGGGCACAUCAUUAACAUCAACAGCAUGUCUGGCCACCAAGUGCCAUCCCAGUCUGUGGCCCAUUUCUACAGUGCUACCAAGUACGCCGUCACUGCGCUGACAGAGGGGCUGAGGCAAGAGCUUCGGGAGGCCCAGACCCACAUCCGAGCCACAUGCAUCUCUCCAGGAGUGGUGGAGACACAAUUCGCCUUCAAACUCCAUGACAAGGACCCUGAGAAGGCAGCUGCCACCUAUGAACACAUGGAGUGUCUGAAACCUGAGGAUGUGGCCAAGGCUGUCAUCUAUGUCCUCAGCACCCCGCCACACGUCCAGAUCGGAGACAUCCAGAUGAGGCCCACGGAGCAGGUGACCUAGUUUCCUGUGGGGAGCUCCUCCUUCCCUCCCUGCCCCUCAAGGCUUGGCACCUGCCUCUGGAUUUAGGGUGUUGAUUUCUGGACCCUUGGAUUCCACUUCCUUUCCCCACCCCAAGCAGGGGCUAGAAAACUUGUUUGAGGUUUCAUAUAAUCUUGUCCAAUUGUUUCCACCGAAUUUGAAAAAUGGGCAGGGGAGAGGAGGUGGUGUCCCUGAUUGUUUUCCCUGCUGAUUCAUUCUUGGUCUCCGUCUUGGGCUCCUUGGCCUUUGUUUGCUGUCCUUGGUCUCUUCCCUUGGACCUGGGAAAAGGGCUGUGGCCAAAAGUGGGGCUUUCCCCUAUCUUCUUGCACCCCACCCCCGUCCCUUCAGGAUGGGCGGCAGAGGAAAGCCCUCACCUUCCAUCUGAAUGGCUUUCGGGGCUCUGGGCUUCCUCCUUUCCCUGCAUCCCACCCCCACCCCAUCUAUUCCCCGUCCCAGUUCUCCAGCCCCACUGUGGCUUCUCA